ACAAAAAAUAAUAAUACGAAUGAACACGCAUGUAAAGUUACCUCUGUUCAAGAUUAUUUUAGAUUUUGUCUGAAAUAUUUCCUGUCACGUGACAAUAUUGUCAGCUGUGCGGAAAAAAGGGCAAAGAGGGCGAUAUUCAGUGUGUAUGUUGUAAAUAAGGCUGGGGGAUUAAUUUACCAGUAUGACAAUUAUGUACCGAGAGCAGAAGCAGAGAAAACAUUCAGCUAUCCUUUAGAUUUAGUGUUAAAGAUCCACGAUGAGAAAGUUGUUGUAUCAUUUGGUCAACGCGAUGGAAUCCGAGUGGGCCAUGCUUUACUGUCCAUCAAUGGAGUGGAUGUCAACGGCAAGUUCACGGCGGAUGGGAAGGAGAUCAUCGAAUACUUGAAAGACUCAACAAACUAUCCGGUGUCCAUACGUUUCGGAAGGGCUCGCUUGAGUUCAAAUGAAAAACUGAUGCUGGCUUCAAUGUUUCAUUCGUUGUUUGCUAUUGGUUCACAGCUGUCCCCUGAAGUUGGCAGUUCAGGAAUUGAGAUGCUGGAGACAGAUAUGUUCAAACUGCACUGCUUUCAGACACUCACUGGUAUAAAGUUCAUUGUGCUGGCAGACCCCCGGCAGUCUGGCAUUGACGCACUCCUCAGGAAGAUUUACGAGAUCUAUUCAGACUUCGCCCUCAAGAACCCCUUCUACUCUCUGGAGAUGCCUAUCAGGUGUGAACUCUUUGAUCAGAAUUUGAAGGGUGCAUUGGAGAUAGCAGAGAAAGCUGGUAACUUUGGACCUGGAUCUUGAGCAGAAAAAACCCUGAAAAAUGUGUACGAAGGCAAAUCCAGAGUAUCCAUUGCUCCAGUUCCUUUUCUUAUUUUUUUUGCCAAUCCAUUGAAUUGUUUGUUGUGACUGGGAAGCUAUAGUACACUGCAUAUGGGUCAACAUGUCUCCAAGCAGUGCUGAUAUUUCCGAACUAAUGUUGAAUAACUUGUAUAUGAGAAGGAUAUGCUAUACUGGGAUACAAUGUAAAUACUGAAUGUUUUGUUUUUGUAUAUACUUUAAGAAUAAACACCACGAUGUAACAUUUA